GCAACACCGGUUUCAUUGAUUCAGCUUUAUCUGUCUUGCUGCUCCUAUGUCCACCAGCCUAAUUGAGUUCAGGUCUUUAAUUCCUGCUUCGAAAUCCUCUUAAGCUCCUGGGGCUAUUUCUGAGAGGGUCACCAUUAUGAUCCUUACUUAUUCUUAGAAAACAGCCACUAGCCCUGCCCAUUCAUCACACAUGCUGUGUCUUAGACAAUUGAAAGGACAAGCUACUGCAAAACAUUACAAGUGGAGCUGUCAGUAACAGUAAAAAUACCAGGAGGCCUAAAAGAAACGGGUGACUUUUAAACAAGCUGUCAAACCCAGUUAUGGGUGAGGAAGAGCUGCCAACAACCCACACAGGCCCCAAGGGGGUGAUCAAUGAUUGGAGGAAGUUUAAGCUGGAGAGCGUGGACCAGGACUCCAUGCCCCCCAGCAAGCGGGAGCUGCUCCGGCAGAUGUCCUCCACCCACAAGGAGGGAGGACCGGACAAAGGACAUCGCAAGAUGAGCGCACAGGAGUACGAGCUGAUCAAGGAGGAGGAUGAAAAAGACCUGCGCAGGUAUCGCAGGCAGUGCAUGCAGGAGAUGCGCGACCGCCUGAGCUUCGCACCCAAGUUCGAGGGCGUGCAGGAGCUGGAGAGCGGCGAGGCCUUCCUGGAGGUCAUUGAGAAGGAACACCACCUCACCACCGUCGUGGUGCACAUCUACGAGGCUGAGGUCAAGGGCUGCGAGGUGCUCAACAACUGCUUCACCUGCCUGGCAGCAGAGCACCCCACCGUCAGGUUCUGCAAGAUCAAGGCCUCCAGCACGGGAGCGGCCGACAGGUUCUCGAACGAUGUCCUGCCCACCAUACUGGUGUACAAAUCCGGCGAGCUUCUGGGAAACUUCCUGUGUGCCACCCGCCACCUAAACGAGGAGUUCUUUGCAGUCGAUGUGGAAGCGUUCCUGAAUGAGUACGGCCUGCUACCAGGGAAGGAUUUCAACCCUGAAGGCAAUAAUGAGGAGGAGGCUGAUGUGGAAUGAGGAGAAGGCUCUAUCAAGUGGGCCUCUCAGAGAAUAAGUUUCAUUAUUCUUCCUUAUAGCAAGCAGAGUCUGGUAGGCAAAUACUGUUCUCCAUUAAUGAUCGAGAAUACUGUGAGUGAUCCACACUAAAUGAGAGCCUUUCCGUAUUUUCCCUGAGAGGUAAACAGGUCAGCCUAAUAUUAUAGACAAUGCAUUCUGUAUUUACGUUAGCGUUUUCUUGGUUUAUGUAAAUAGUUCAUAUUUUUUACAUAAUUAUAACAUUGUUGUCCAUUUAAGCAGCUUUCUGAAGCAAUUUAGCAUAUAAACAUUACUCAAGGAGACAGCAUUAGUGUCCAUGCACGGAUUUACAUAUACAUGCAGCAGGGCCAGCAGAAGCACUGGGAAAACUGGGAAGUUGCCCCGGGCGCAAGACCACUAGGGGCACCAGACCACUAGGGGCGCCAGAUCACUCGGGACCACGCAAGUUUUUGCUGUCAUAAAUAGGAGUCAAUGUACAAAAAAAGUUUUGCAUUAGUUUUUACAUUUGUUUUACAUUUUUGUUGAACUAUUAAGUUUUUUUUUUUUAAUUUUUAAAAAAUUUGUAGUAAGGGGGGGUUAUCCCUAUUUUGCCCAGAGCACCUGAGCAUCUUGUCCAGCCCUAAAUCACAUAUUCUAGGAACACAACAUAAACUGGUGAAAACAUUAGUGCUGUAAACA